GCUUAUUAGCUUUGUGGAGCAGCAUUGAGCAAUCAAAUGUAGGUCGACUGCUGAAUAACAACAGUGGGUGGCGAUGGUGAGCAGUUAAGUUAGACGUGCAUGGGUGCUUUGCCUCCAAAUUAUAUCGAAGAAGAACUUGAAACAGCUUGGAGAGAGAUACGGUGUUUACAUCAUCGGCCGAUAGUCACGGUGGGGGGAAAAAAUGCCGAACCGCUGCUGCGCCUACGGCUGCGGCAAGUCCUACGAUGACAACGUGACCCUCUUCCGCUUCCCCAAGGACCCAGAGGACUUCCGCAAGUGGGAGAAGCAGGUCCAACGCACCCGUAGCAACUGGACAGCAAAGCCUUUCUCCUACCUCUGCAAUGAGCACUUUGGAAAGGAUUGCCUGGAAGUCAGGCCCCACGCCGUCAACAAGGCCAUGGGCAACAAGGGCUUGAAGCUGAAUGAGGGGGCCGUGCCCACCGUGUUCAUCCGCCCCCCGUGCAGCAACUGCGGGGGCCUUGGCUCCAACUGCCCCAUGUGCACACCCAAAGGCAAGAGGCAGGGGCUGUGCCUAGAGCCCAGGGACUGCGGCACGGAAGAUGGACCCAGAUGGGCCCCAAUCACUGGAAGCUCAGAGGAAGAGGAGGAGGAGGAGAUGGAGGAAGGUGAUGAGGAGCAGGACGCACAGCCGUUUGAUGAAAGCGAAAAGGAUUUACCAGCUGUGUGUGAGAUGUGUGGCGUCACGGGUACCAAAGGCUCGUUCUUCUCCAGGACCAAGAGGUUCUGCAGCGUCUCCUGCUCGCGAUCCUUCUCCUCGAACAGCAAGAAGUCUUCCAUCCUAGCUCGGCUUCAGGGGAAGCCUCCUACGAAGAAAGCCACCGUGCUGAACAAGACUGGUGCUACAGGUAGCACACUCCCACAGGCUGCCUUGCCCUCUCCUCUGGAUACCGCAGCCCCUGGGAAAGAUGGCGAGAAAAAAACGGCAGCAGUGAGCUUUGACUGGGGCAGCUACCUGGACAAAUACACCAUUCCAGCUGCUUCCGUCUCCUCCUUCAGACACGUUCCUCUGUCGGACAAGUGGGAGGACAUCGGAGAGGGGAUCAAAUUGGAGACCAUCACCAGUAAGACUGCCUUCAGUGGCAAGGCCUAUUGGAUUGCUACUGUCAUCAAACUUUCAGGCUACAAUGUUAAACUCCGUUAUGAGGGCUUGGAGGACGACGCCAGCCAGGACUUCUGGAUGAACCUGGGCAGUCCAGACAUCCACCCCAUUGGCUGGUGCGCCGUGAACAGCAAGCUGCUGGUUCCCCCCCUGAGCAUACAUGAGAAGCUGGAAGACUGGAAGACUUAUCUGAUGAAGAGGCUGGUGGGGUCUCAUACGCUGCCGGUGGACUUCCACAUAAUGCUUGCGGAGGCCAUGCGCUGCCCUUUCCGGCACGGCAUGCAACUGGAGGUGGUGGACCGGGCGCUGGUGAGCCAGACGCGGCUGGCCAUGGUGGACACGGCGGUGGGCGGGCGGCUGCGGCUGCUCUACGUGGAGGGCGGCCAGGUGGCCAAGGACCAGGUGUAUGCUGACUUCUGGUGCCACAAGUACAGCCCCCUGGUGCACCCCGUCGGCUGGUCCAAGAGCGUGGGUCACAAAAUUAAGCACACAGAUUCCUCUGGGUCAUCAUCAACCUUGCAGCUUUUUGACAGUUACCCUACAUUGUUCAAAAAGCCAAGGACGGUGUACAUGGAAGGUGGCUUCUUCAAGGAGGGAAUGAAGCUGGAGGCCAUAGACCCGCUGAACCUUGGCAACAUCUGCGUAGCAACUGUGCGCAAGGUUCUUCUGGAUGGCUAUAUCAUGGUGGGCAUCGAUGGGGUAGAGAUUGGUGACGGCACAGACUGGUUCUGUUACCAUGCCAGUUCGCACGCCAUCUUGCCCUGUGGCUUCUGUGAGAAGAACAACAUUCCCCUCACCCUCCCUCCAGAACAGGACUCUGCAACAUUCACUUGGCCUAAGUAUCUGGAAGAAACAGAUGCAAUUCCUGCACCAAAAACACUUUUCAAUACGGAUGAGGUGGGCCAUGGUAUAUGUCGGGGCAUGAAGCUAGAAGCCGUGGACCUGAUGGAGCCUCGGCUGGUGUGCGUGGCCACGGUGGAGCGCUGCGUGGGCAGGCUGCUGCUGCUGCACUUCGAUGGCUGGGAGUCCGAGUUCGACCAAUGGGUGGACUGCGAGUCGCCCGACAUCUACCCUGUCGGCUGGUGCGAGCUGCACAGCUACCAGCUGCAGCCGCCCGUCAAUCCAGAGCUGCAGUCGCAGGCGCAGGCCAAAACAAAGAUCAAACCCUGGAAGAGUGGAACAAAGAGUAAGUGUAUGCUAAGCAUGCCCAACACAAUACAAAAGAGAAAGCCAAAGAGGAAGGGCAGUUCCACAACCUCACCUCCCAAGCAGCAGCAGCCGACCCCAAGGCAAGAAGAGGCCCCUCCUACCUCAGACAGUCAGGUGGACCUUUAUCAGGAUCUGCACGUGAAGAUUGAACCCAAGGAGGAGCCCACAGAGAUAAUUGCAGUGAAGGUGAAAGUGGAGGAGCUGGAGGAUGAGAUGCCCGUCUCUACAUCUCUACCGCACAUUGAUCACGAACCACCAGAGGCAGAUAAUCCAGAGCCGCCAGUUAAGAUCAUCAAACAAGAGCUGGACAUUGCAAGCCAAGGGGGAGGAGGGCUGUAGCCAGGCCAGGCCAAGCAUCAACUGUGGACACUGACUGGGCCGUCGAGGGGUGUGUGUGCGGGGGGGGAACUAUUGUCCUGGGUCCAAGGAGAGAGGGGCCCCAGAAUUGGGUCCUCCUUACAUUGUAUGUAGGGGUGGGGCGGGGUGGGGCAGAGGGUUGUCCUGUUCUCAUCCAAGGCUGUCAGAGGCCCUGGAGACUGGUAAAAAAAAUGAAAACCAUGCCACAUGUUGUGUUGAGGCACAUCAAACAGGUCUGCAGAGCAUGGCUGAGGAGCUACUGUAUGUUCAUCAUGAGAAAUGUUCCACACCUUGGUUCCUUGGUUGUUAUUGCUGAGUCGCUGCUGAGUUUGUGUUGUCUUUUGUGUGCUAUUGUUACAAAUCACUCUUUAUUGUCGUGCACAUAAACUGUAUUACGAGUCAACCGAACUGUUGUUACCGUCCCAGAUUCACAGUAUUCAACACUAUCCUAUGCCCGGGUGGUUAUUGAAAGUAGUCAUUGAGUGCCUUACCCAAGUUUUUAAUUAAAAUCAUCCCGUUGCUGCUUCUAUUACUAGAUUCAUUACUUGAUCAGAAUAAAACAUAGGUAAGUCAAAGUCCAA